UACUCUUCCCUUCAUUUGCGUCAUUUACUAUAAAAGAUUCAAUAACCUUCUGUUUUCUGCAUCUCUUCACAUAAAAAGAAAGAAAGAUGGUGUGUUUGGUUGCUCGCACUGGGAGGCAUUUGCAGAGGUACAACAGUGGUCGAAGACUUGUUGUAGGGUGCAUUCCAUAUAGAUAUAAGAAUGGUAACAAUGGAGGCACAGUUGACGAGUUAGAAGUUCUUGUGAUCAAUUCAAAAAAACGUCAAACAAUGAUGUUUCCAAAGGGAGGUUGGGACCUUGAUGAAUCUGUUGAAGAAGCAGCUUGUCGUGAGUCAUUAGAGGAAGCCGGUGUUCUUGGCAAUGUUGAGAGUCAGUUAGGUACAUGGCUAUUCAAGAGCAAUAGCCGAGAACUCUAUCACGAAGGUCUAAUGUUUCCUUUAUUAGUGACUGAACAACUUGAUCAAUGGCCGGAAAAGAGUAUGCGAUCAAGAGAAUGGAUGACAGUGGCUAAAGCUAGAGAGGUUUGCAAGCAGCAAUGGAUGAAUGAAGCCUUAGAAAUAUUUGUUGAUAGACUAAAUUUGGUAGAGGAAAAAGAUGUUCAGUCUAUAGACAAAAAUUAGAACAAGAACAUUAUUUAUUUAUCUUCUUUCUUUCUUUUUACUUUUCUUUGUAUAUUAAUUUCUUUUUACGACCUUCAAAUUUGUAGUCCAUAAAUUGCAUUAGCAGUUUCUCA